GAAAAUUAAGAUCAAGAUGAAAACAUUGGUAAUUCUUUUAAUUUCCGUAUGGGCGGUGAAUAGUUUAUCUCUGCACGAGCAAUGGACAGACUUUAAGGUCACACACAGCAAAGUGUAUAAAAACAUCGCCGAAGAGAAAUUGCGCUUCGGAAUAUUCCAAGAGACUUUAAAGAAAAUCGAAGAGCACAAUGCAAAAUACGAAGCAGGUUUGUCCAGCUAUUGGAUGGGCGUCAAUCAAUUCUCCGAUUUGACAACCGAAGAAUUUAGUGCAUUUUUGAGAAAAAGUAGCGCGAAAAAGCCGAAAAUCGAUGCUGAACUCCACGUCCCCUCUAAUGUUUCCAUACCAACCGAAAUAGAUUGGAGAAAAAAAGGAGCCGUUCUAGGUGUUAAGGACCAAGGAGCUUGUGGUUCCUGCUGGGCAUUUAGUGCCACUGGUGCUCUUGAAGGACAAAACGCCAUCAAACAUCAUAAAAAAGUACCUUUAAGCGAACAACAACUCUUAGAUUGCUCUGGGAGUUAUGGUAAUGGUGAUUGCGAUCAGGGUGGUGAAAUGACAGACGCUUUCAAUUACGUCCGCGAUCACGGAAUAGAAUCCGAAAGCAGCUAUCCCUAUAAAGCUAAGCAACAUAAAUGCACUGCUUCCAAGCAAAAAAACGUAUUAUCCAUUCAAGGAUAUAAAAAUGUUGCCCAUACAGUCGAAGGUCUAAGGAAUGCAGUCGCUACCGUUGGACCAAUUUCCAUAGGAAUGUACGCUGAGCCUAUACAAUCGUAUGCAGGAGGUAUCUUCGAUGGAUUCUGCAAGGGUGAGUCAGACCAUGGAGUUCUAGCUGUAGGUUAUGGUGAAAGUCCAAAGCCAUAUUGGAUUGUCAAAAAUUCCUGGAGCGCUCAAUGGGGAGAAAAUGGCUACUUUAGAAUCAGUAGACACGAUAAUUUAUGUAACAUUGCCUCUGAAGGAACUUAUCCGGUUGUACACUAA